AAGAGCGCGGCCUGCGGGGCUCCAGGCAUCCGAGAGCUUGCGGAUCUGCAGAGUGAUCGCUGCGGGUGCGUGCGGAGGACGAGCCCCACUGCCCGGCCUCAGCGCCAGCGUCCCCUCCAGUCUCGUCAGCGCCUCUCGGGGCCCGAGCCCAGCCGCCCCAUGAAGCCCCCAACGGCGCAGGGCAGCCCCGCGGCCGCAGCGGCUGCAGCCCCGGCCCUGGACUCCGCGGCCGCCGCCGACCUGACGGACGCGCUGUGCGAGUUCGACGCGGUGCUGGCCGACUUCGAGUCGCCCUUCCAGCGGCGCCACUUCCACUACGAGGAGCACCUGCGGCGCAUGAAGCGGCGGAGCAGCGCCAGCGUCAGCGACAGCAGCGGCUUCAGCGACUCGGAGAGUGCAGAUUCACUUUACAGAAACAGCUUCAGCUUCAGUGAUGAAAAACUGAAUUCGCCUACAGACUCUGCCCCGGCCCUACUCUCUCCCUCCAUCACCCCUCGAAAAGCCAAAUUAGGAGACACAAAAGAGCUAGAAGACUUUAUUGCUGAUCUUGACAGAACAUUAGCAAGUAUGUGAAGUAAGGACUUCUGGGUCCUUUUAUCAUGUGAAAGAAGUUUCAGAGAGCUCUAAGGAACUGCAAAAAUCAGCUACUAGAAAAUCAGCUGCUGCCACAGGGGAGAGAGAUGAACACUCACCACCAGGCUGUGCUUAGGCCCACCCUAAGAGUAGCUCCUGGGCCUGCCUCUGGGCAAUGCAGACAGUGAAACUGACUUUGUUUACCUACCUGCAAUGUAUUAGAACAGAUGAUCUAUGCUAAUGUUGUAUUUUUCUCUUAAAACAUAGCUUUUCUGUAAUUUAAAGUGCUUUUAUGAAAAUAUUUGUAAUUAAUUAUAUAUAGUUGGAAAUAGUAAUAUGCUUUCCCCAUUAUAAUAUAUUUUUGUAUACAAAUAAAAGUUGAACUGGAGCUGUA